UUCGGAUCAGUGGAUCUGCGCAGUUCCUUCGCUGAAUUGAUGUCCGUGAACAAUCAGGCUCAUCAGAGAUCGACGUCCCACACUGCAUACAGAAGCGAUAGCGGAGCGCUUUUGAUAAUUGUUUCAUUUGUAACAUUAUACGGACAACAUGUCCUCAGAUUCCAAUAUAACCAACAUGCGUCGACUUGUGGACCAACUGAAACUUGAGGCCAGCGUCGAGCGGAUAAAGGUGUCCCAGGCAGCAGCUGAGCUCCAGCAGUACUGCCUCCAGAAUGCCUGUAAGGAUGCUCUGCUGGUGGGGGUCCCUGCUGGGAACAACCCCUUCAGAGAGCCCCGCUCCUGUUCUCUCCUGUAGACUGCAGGACGGGCCACCAGACCAGACCAGGACAGGGAGAAGCAUAACAUGAUUGUCUUAAGCACUCUGCCCAGUGGGAGGGAACAAAGCAAUGAUGACAAGAAACCCCUGCUCCACUUCAACAACCUGCUCAUUUUUGGUUACUUUACACUUUUUGCUAAUGUUUGUAUGCUAUUUUAAACAAGUGGAAAAAUGUAUAUAUUUGAUAAAAACAGAAAUUUUGUACAACACAGCGAAACUGUUACACUAGUGCCAUAUGGGAACACUUUUCUCCAUGUUCUCAACACAGGAUUGAGCCUAGGACUGAGUGUUGACAUUUGUUUCUAGAAGUGAAAUACGGUAUGCUAAUUUGGUUUUUCACUGUGAAUGAGGCCAAUAAUAAUUAACCACAGUCCACUUUUUCAGCAAGUUCUACAUUUCUGUUUAAUUUCACAGACAAUUUUUACCCAUAUAAAGUGACCACUGAACACAUAUCAUGAAACAAAAUAACACUUGCUUAAUGUCGUACUAGCUGCCCUUAAAGUCUAAGCUGUAUUAUGUGGAUCCUAGCCUAAUAAGUUAGUAUGUUCUCUAUGAACAUUGAAAAGCAAGGAAUUGGUUAAAACUCCAUUUCUUUCCACUAUUUAUUAUACUGUGAUAUCAGCGCGUUCUGUUCUCCCUCUGUCCAUGUCAAGAUUUGCAACACCCUGUAACAAGUUAGUUCUUCCAAUCUUCAAAUGGGCCUUUAAAGCAUGUAUACGCUGCUGUUCUGUUUGACUCCAAGGCCCAGAAUGCACUGUGAUGGUGGUCACACUCCUUCUGUUUGCAUGAGGGCAGUGCUCUACUAAAAUGGCAUCAGCUCCACUUUCACACAGUAAUACAUAAACCAGCUAUUACAAAGAGGAAUUGUAUCUAAAGCUUAUUCCACAGAGUACACUGGAGGUUACAAAAGUGCAGAAUGAUUUUAAAUAUGUUGUUCCAUAUAGAAUACAUGUACCUACUUAGUGAACCGUUGGAACAUAAUUUGAAAUUUUCAUUUAACGAUGGAGUUACCCUUUAAGGAAAAGAUGGUAAACUGUGGUUAUACAGAACAGUGUUUGCUAUGGGUUACCCUGAAAAUCUAUAAUAAACACACAGGGAUUAUUUGUUACAAAUGCAAUAUGACAAAGUGGACUUUUAAGGAGGGUGUUUUUAGGUGUUUCAAGUGGGUUUUUGUUGCAGUCUCAACCUCCAAGUCAACCCAGAUCCCAUUCAUUUCCUCUCCUAGCUCAGCUUGUGUGGCUGCCAUUCUUCAGAUUCUAAUUAUUUCAGACUAUUAGUUUCACUGCCAAGGUUUCAUGUGCCUCUAGGGAAAUUUAAAACUUCAUUCAGCCAUGGGAAAUCCAGUCCUUUUAUAGACGAAAAUAAUGUAUUUUAUGCUGGAUACUGAGUGGACACUUCGUAGAAUAUGCAAUAUUAUAAAAUUUGGUGAGGCUUGUGACAAUUUAUAGAAGCACAACUGAUACCUUGAAAGGUGCAAUUUGAGCAUGUGUGCAGGGCAUAGCUGACAAUACUGGUACAGAUGAGAAAGGGGAAAGGAGGUGCAUAUUUGAGGUAUGAACAAGGCCAAAUACAGGUCAGCCAAUUCAACUCCCUUCAACAAUGUGUUUGCAGAUGCCUAUAAAUUGACAGAAGGAAGACCUGAGAAUGUCUCUAUGCAUUAGAAAUAUGGUACAACACACAUUUGAUCACUAUGCUUGGCCCUUUUUAUGUUGAUACGGUGUCCUGUUUAUUUUAUUAUAAUGAAGGGAAUGUCUUACUUAAAAUGUAAUAUAUUACAGAAUUUUUAGCUUGUGUAUGAAAAUAAUUUGUGCUCCUAAAUCACACUCUUGCCUUUGGCUUUGUA